AUGUUUUUUACUCCCGAAGGGUCACUUUCACAAAGGAAUGGUGAAAAACGACCUUCUGGAUCUGAUGAAGAGUCUCGUCAAGAAGGACAACAUAAAAAGAAAGUUCCUCUUUUAGUUGAUGUUAUUCAAGAAAAUGAAGAAAAGGAUAAAAAGAUCGACGCAUUACAGGCUCAAGUAGAUGAGCUCAAAGAUUUCAUAAAGAUACUUGCAAAGGGCAAACAUAAGUCGAUUGAUCCAAAGGACAUAAUUAUCAAGUUGUCCGAUGACAAUUAUAUUUCCCAACCUAAUAUAACCUGA